AUGGACCCCAAGUUCAAUGGUGAAUGGAGUGCCUCUGAGAUCGGGAUGGUCAAAUCACUCAUUGCUAGCCACAAUACUAGCAACAACUAUACCAAUGACAUAAACAAGAAACACAAUGACAUUGUGAAUCAACUCCAGGCAUGGUUUCCCUUAAAAGAGAAAUGUCAGGUAAUUAAAUUAUAUGUUGAGCUCGUGGUGGAGAUGAUGCAGUCAGGACAGAGUGGAUACCAAUCUAUGGUGGCAAUCAACAGCCUUGUGAACGACAACUAUGGAAUUCCAGUAGAGGAUCAGCAAGAGAGGCGGCAAAAGGGGAGGUUUUGGACCAAACAUGAGCACAGGCAAUUCCUUCGUGGUCUGUGCGUGUAUGGCCGCGGUGAUUGGAAGAACAUCUCCAGGCACUUUGUCACCACCAGGACACCGGUGCAGGUCUCCAGCCAUGCGCAGAAGUACUUUCGUAGGCUGGAGCGCACCAACGAAAAACAACGCUACAGUAUUAAUGAUAUUGGCCUCUAUGAUGAUGAACCUCAGGCCCUGAAUAACUCUUCCAGUUGGGAGCCACUCACCUUUGCUGGUGCGAAUAAUCCAAAUGUCUAUGGAUCCAGCAGCGAGCUUCCCACCAUGAACAACCUUGCACAUGUUUGGUCAUCACCCUUCCUGUAUAGUGACGGCCAAGCAAGCAGCAGCCAGGCAACCACUUGGACUGGCCAGCAGAUGGGGGCUAGUUCUUCUACAACUCUAGAACCAGAGGGGGCUGGAAGUCAGAUGGCCUGGAUUGGUGAUCAGCAGGGAGAUUUUAUUCAUGAGCAGUGGAUGGACAUCGAUGAUAUGUAG